AUGUCGGACGAGUUUGCUGCCGCCAUAAACAAAAUCUUAAAAAGUUCUGUUAAUUCCUCUGAUCGAAACGUACCAAUCCUAUCACGUUCUAAAAAUAUAGAGCGACUCCUUGAUGAAGCGAAACUCGAAUAUCGUGCGCGCAAAGCAAUCAAUAUAGAAAAGAAGAAAAUUGCCUCUAAAGAUCGUGUAAAAACUGAUUUCGCGACCAUUGAUGCAGAAAGAAAGUUAAGGAAAGUUGCUACGAGAGGAGUUGUACAAUUGUUCAAUGCGAUCCGUGUGUCACAAAAAGUCGUUGAUGAUGCUGUGAAAGAAGUCGGAGGUAGACAAAAAUUUACAUCAGGAGAAGCUAAAGAAGUGGCAAAUAUGUCAAAAGAUACUUUUUUAGAAAUUCUGAAAGGAAAUUAA